CAGAAUUACUGAUACGAUUGCUGUCUUUUUUUUUAGAUUACGUGUAUUUCGAGACUACCAACUCGUCGCCGUAUCAGAUCAGAAGGAUAGAAGAAUUAAAUAAGACCGCGAACGGGAAUGUGGAGGCAAAAGUCAUGUGUUUCUUCAGGCGGAGGGAUUUGCCGCCUCCCUUAGUCAUGCUGGCGGACAAACAUCAAUUGACAAACGCGGAGCAACAGAGGUCGGAAUCCCCUGCGAGUACACAGAAUCAGAAACUCGAGAAUCCCGACACUACUAAGGAAAUGACUAAUAAAGAUGGUAUCGGGCCCAAAGUGAUGAUCAAAGGGGGCGGGAAAGGGGGCUGGCUGAAGGCCCCAUUAUCGGAGGCCCAAGAGCCCCACGGGGUGGAAGAAGGUGUUCCUGGAGGAGUAACGGAAUUAAGUUCUAAGCAACGUCACCAAAUGAAACACAGGGAACUGUUUUUAUCGCGGCAAGUGGAGACUAUGCCUGCCACGCAUAUUAGGGGCAAAUGCUGCGUUACGUUAUUGAAUGAAACCGAAUCCUUGACGAGCUACCUAAACAAAGACGAUUCAUUUUUUUACUGCUUAGUAUUUGAUCCUACUGCACGUACUUUGCUUGCUGAUAAAGGCGAAAUUAGAGUAGGUAAUAAAUAUCAAGCAACAGAUAUACCGGCUGUACUAACGCCUACCGAGAGAGAGACGGAUUCUCGCAGGUUACAAGAUUUGGAGACUUUGGUUUGGACUCCGAGACACAACUUGACAGAUCGUCAGAUCGAUCAAUUCCUCGUUGUUAGCAGAUCAGUAGGCACCUUCGCGAGAGCCUUAGACUGUUCGUCCUCCAUUAAGCAACCCUCCUUGCAUAUGUCUGCAGCUGCUGCAUCUAGAGACAUUACUCUGUUUCACGCGAUGGAUACAUUGCACCUGCAUGCCUAUGACUUGUCGAAUGCCUUAGCGUCUUUAGUACCUAGCACCGGCCCCGUAUUGUGCCGAGACGAGAUGGAGGAAUGGAGCGCAUCCGAGGCGAACCUGUUUGAAGAGGCGCUCGAGAAAUAUGGAAAGGACUUUGCGGAUAUACGAGCCGACUUUUUACCAUGGAAAACGCUGAAGAACGUAAUCGAGUAUUAUUACAUGUGGAAAACGACGGAUCGGUAUGUCCAGCAGAAAAGAGUGAAGGCUGUAGAGGCGGAGAGUAAGCUGAAGCAAGUUUAUAUACCGAAUUACAACAAGACCCCCACAUCGACAACCGCACCUUCCAGCGCCACGAUUGUACCUUUGGGCAAUAGUAAUAGCAAUAGUAACGGAAAACCGACCAGCGUUCUGAACGGUAACAGUAACGGCAACAUGAUAGGUGACAAUUCCGGGAAUUUACUUAUGGUCGGAGUUGGUGGAAAACCAUGUGAGAGUUGUCAAAUUGUCCAGAGUCCACAGUGGUAUGCUUGGGGACCAUCGCACAUGCAGUAUCGUCUCUGUCAAUCCUGUUGGGUAUAUUGGAAGAAGUAUGGAGGGCUCAAGGUGCCGUCGCGCAUAGACGACGUCGAUCUCGAGAGGAAACGCGCCGGCGCCGGAUCGGACGAAGAGAGUAAAGGGAUGGGCGGCGCGCACAGGCCGCAUCGAUGCAGCAUUCCUACCUGCGGCAAGGAGUUCAAAUUGAAGGCUCAUCUGAGCCGUCACUACGCGAGCGCGCAUGGAGUGGAUCUGCGCGGCGCCGCCGGAAGCGGCGGCGGCGGCAGCGGAUCACCGCGGCCGGUGAUGAAGACCCGGUCUGCGUUUUAUUUGCGCACCUCCUUGUUGGCGCGUGCCGCGCGACGUCUGUGCGCUGCGCAAUUGCGCACACGUCACGCCGCGCGGGCACCCCAUCAGCCGGUGAAUGCGGCGCCGUUGCGGCACCUAUGCGCCCAGCUAACAUCCAAGGCACCUACGGAAUUACGUAUGCUUGCACGCGCCGUACGGCCUCGGCCGCGUCCCCAAGUGAUCGACAUCGCCUCGCGCUUAGGCGAUCAUCCGGCACCUCGGCAGCCCGGUGAUUGGGACUGGCUGACGUUGACUGCUCCGGCACAACGCAAGCAGCCUGAUCGAGUCUCAUUUCCACGCCCGCCGAAGGCACCGGAUGGCAGCCUUUUGUAUGAGAGGGUACCAAACAAACCUGAAGUGGACAGACUUGCAUUAACGCCUCCCCAGCCGCAAUCUGUUAUGUCAACCCAGCAGAAUAUCCUCAAACGUCCAAGACCAUUCGACGAAAUUAAUGGUUCUGAUGGUAUCGCCUUGAACGCAGUUCCUUCUGGCGUACCACCUCCGAAAAGAGUCCAUCAUCAACAACAACUGCAUCCGAAGCAUACAUUGGAACAUCCCACACCUGCAGUUCUUCCCCUCGCGCCACCUCUUAAUGGUAGGGCUUCUCAUCCACAUACGUUGCCUCAUGGUCCGCCGCUGUCUAGAAGUAACGCACGUAAGCAGGUUUUAUCGUGGAUGGAUGCACCUGAUGAUGUCUACUUCCGCGCCACCGAACAGAUCAAAAGAGCUAGAAGAACCCUACCAUCAAUGGAGUUACGAAGAGCGGCGCGUAAACCAUGGCGUAGAAUGUCACUUCCUCUGAAUCCGCUUCACCUCCAAAGAGCGGGUCGCCAAGACGAUAUGGUCGUUAUCUUGGAUUGAAUCCGUACAAUCAAGACGAAUACAAUCGAACGAUAUUGUAUGUCGGUUUAUUAACCGCGAAGCGUGAUGCCGUUAAUGUAAUCUUUAAUCAUGUGAAGUUUACACAUAGUGAAGAUCACAGUUUCGUGUAUCGUCAUUGGCAGCUUCGAUGGAUCGAGCCAACAUUCGUAAAUUUUAUAACCGGAAGAUCCUGAUAGCUCCUCACGACGAGAUUUCUUUUCUUGUGGAAGCUGAGUAAAAAUGGUCUGGCCUGAUCGAACAUGUAUGUUGAACAAUCGAGAACAUUGUUGAACUGUAACGACUUCACUACUUACGGAAUACUACUGAAGAAUUAAUGUUCAGUACUAAGUCAUUCAACGUGAAUUAUGAUUUUCUAUCCGUAUUAAUUAUUGUUGUUAUUAAUAAUAAUUAUUAAUAAUAAUUAUUAAUAAUUGAAUGUACAUAUACAUUAUACUACACAUAGCCAUGCAACACGACAUACAUAACUUUGCAACACUACAAGUACACAUAUACACACAUACGCGAUAUACAUCACACACAGAUGCGCGCACACACACGUACAUUCACACAUACAGAAUCGCUCAUUCACUCAUUUAAUAUAUACAUGGACACAUUCAAGUACUGAAAAACGAUCGGUACGAAUUUAAUAGAUACGAUAAAAAAUUGGCCGAUACCUACAGAUAAGCUCAUGAAUAGUUGUGUACAGAAAACGUAACAGUGACGCAACUUUUGAAUAACAUUUGGCACGACUAUACUUCGAAUAUACUUCGAAGUACUAUGCCAAUGUUUUUUAGCAGUUAGUUACUCGAGUGUUGUGUUUUCUGGAUACAACCAAUGUUACGGCCGUGCAAGUAACAGACGAAUGUCUGAUCGGAAGCGAAUGUGUAAGGAAGAGAAAGAGAGAGAGAAUGCGCGCGAGAAAAUAUAUAACCGAAUGAGUGACUGAAUUAUAGUGUGUAUGGGAGACAGAAAGAAAGAAUGCUCAUUGUGAAUAUUUUUAUUAAAUUUUCAAAUUUGAUGACUUCCGUCUAAAAAAUUAAUAAAUAAAUAUAAGCAUCAGUGAAAAAAAAAUCUUAA